UUCCAUUUCAAAGUGAACUCCAAACAAGCAAACAUGUGGAUUAGGAUUUAGGAACGAAUACAAAGCAGCCGCAUUUCAGCCUUAUCCCUCUCUUUCUCUCUCUCUCUCUCUCUCUCUCUCUCUUUCGCUUGGAAGCAGCGCCGACUGCCGACGUCGGCGGAGAGGCGUGCCGCGUCUGCGAAGAGGUGUUUUCCUGGCUUAUUAGUAAUUGCAGUCUCUCAAGAAGCAGUCCAUCUCUCUCUCUCUCUCUCUCUCUCUCUCUCUCUCUCUCUCAGAGGAAGCUUGUUCAUCGUAUCCACCGUUCAGGGUGAUGUUGCAUGCAGUCAGUGCCACUAAAACAAGCAUAUCCUACCCAAGAAGCCCACAAUUUCAUCGAAAGCAUUUAGUUCCAGCAAGGCUUCAUGUAGCUGCUUCAUUGCCUGCUGCAAAUGGGGUUAAAGUGGAGUAUACUCCCUGGCUAAUUGUUGGGUUGGGAAACCCUGGAAACAAGUACCAUGGAACUAGGCAUAAUGUUGGUUUUGAAAUGAUCGAUCAAAUAUCUCAAAAAGAAGGCAUUCUUUUGAACACAAUACAGUCCAAGGCCUUAAUUGGCAUAGGUUCCAUUGGAGAGAUACCGGUUUUGUUGGUGAAACCUCAGGCUUACAUGAAUUUCAGUGGGGAAUCGGUUGGACCACUUGCUGCAUAUUAUCAAGUACCCUUGCGUCAUAUCUUGCUGGUUUAUGAUGAGAUGAGCUUACCGAAUGGUGUUUUGAGGCUUCAGCCCAAAGGAGGGCAUGGUCAUCAUAAUGGAGUGAAGAGUGUGAUGGACCAUUUGGAUGGUCGCCGUGAAUUUCCUCGAUUGUGUAUAGGCAUUGGAAAUCCACCUGGGACUAUGGACAUGAAAGCUUUUCUUCUACAGAAAUUCAGUUCAGAAGAGCGAAAGCAGGUACAAAUUUACUGUACAAAGUUUCUUCAAAGUACCAUACACACAUUAUUGAACAGAAUUCUGAUAUUGGGCGAAUCUGAUCGGGGAAUCAUAGUUGAUUUUGACCCGUCCCUUUUGAGCUUCAUUGGUGGGGUUGUGCGUGAAAUUCAUGUUUGAAGUUUCUGUACGAAACUAUGAAUUGUGCUUCCAUUGUUAGUAUAUCUGUAUAUGUGGUCAUGCCAUCUAGGACUCCUUGGGUUGAACUUCAGCAGGUCAUAGGUUGCAACACUCGUUUUAAGAUGGCUGCUUGGUAAAAAUUAUGCCUAUGAAAUUUGAUGAGUACAUGACUUGAUUUGUAACUGGCUCUCUCUCUCUCUCUCUCUCUCUCUCUCUCUCUCUGUGCAUUCAUGUAUGUGUGUGGGUGUGUAGAUUUUGACCAAUAUUGCAGAAACAUAAAUUGUUAUUUGCCGCAGGUGAAUGGAGCAUUGGAACAGGGAGCUGAGGCUGUGAGGACCUUGAUGCUCAAGGGAUUUGAUAGCAGUAUCAGUAGAUUUAAUCUGGGCCAAAAGUACAAGUAUCACAAAGUUUGAAUUUUUGCUACUUUAACCCCAAAUUGAUUCAUCUUUUAUGUAUUAUCAUAUCAUAAUUGUCUCUUCUCUUAGGAGGUGUGUAGAGAUGAUGUAUGAAAUAUCCUAUAACCUCCUCACUGUAAUUGGUCACUGUACAUUGCUUUGGAACGCGUGUUACUUUGUUUUAUAACUAUUAAGAUUUGAUUAAAAA